AUCAUGCAUACAACCGCACUAUUCUCUGCCACUUUUGACGUCCAACUGUUGUCUAUCCAUAAAGUUAGUAAUCCUCAGCACCUAGCUUUCCACACUGGCCCCUGCCUCUGCCUCUGCAUCUGCUGCAAAUUCCGACUAUAACAUUCCUUCCAGGGUUUUCAGUGUGUAACUCUAGCCCCAUGCCAAUCCUUGCACUACUCUGCCUCUUCUCUACCGUUGUCCAUCUUCUCUCAUCUCUCUUCAUCACCACCGCCAAAACUCCACCUCCUUACACUCCUACUGAUUAUUUCCUUCUCAACUGUGGCUCCUCCUCCAACUCUACCUCACUCGAUGGUCGACAUUGGGAAGGCGAUUCCAACUCAAAGUUCUCCCCCUGCGACAUUCAAAGCACAUCAUCAUCAUCCAAUACUUCCAAACUAGACCCUUCCCUUUCUCAAGUCCCCUACAUGACUGCUCGUAUAUUUGAUCGCCAGUCCAAAUUCACUUACUCCUUCCCUGUCUCACCUGGCCCAAAAUUUCUCCGCCUUUACUUCUACCCUACAUCGUGCGCCAAUUACGACAAAACCAAAUCUUUUUUCGCUGUCACUGCCAAUGACUUCACACUCUUAAGCAACUUCAGCGCCUCUCUCUCAAUCACCAGUUCUACAAAUCCUUCCACAGCAUAUCUUGUCAAAGAAUUCAUCGUCGAUGUUCAAAAAAAUCAAAAUCUCAACGUAACCUUCAUACCAUCUCCGAGCUCUUAUGCCUUCAUCAAUGGGAUCGAGGUUGUUUCUAUGCCAAGUAAAUUAUACAUUAGUAAUCAAGACAUGUCCCCAGCGACCUUUGUAAAUGCAUACGACUCGCCCUUCUAUAUUAAUAAUCCAUUCGCUUUCGAGACGUUGUAUAGGUUAAACGUGGGUGGCAAAGAUGUUUCCAACAUUAAUGAUACUGGAAUGUUCCGAUCUUGGAGUCAGGAUGAGGAUUACAUCUUCGGAAAAGCGUUUGGCACCAUGCCUCAUCGGUCUAAUGCCACGAUCAAGUACACUGAGGACACCCCACCUUACACCGCACCAGAGAUUAUAUACACUUCUUCUCGUACAAUGGGUAAGAAUCCUAACAUUAACUUGCAAUACAACCUCACUUGGAUUUUUCCUGUAGAUGUUGGGUUUCUAUAUCUGGUUAGGCUCCAUUUUUGCGAGACUCAAUUAGAAGUUACGCUUGAGAAUCAACGGGUAUUUCGUAUAUUCAUAUAUAAUCAGACGGCAGAAGAGAAAAUGGAUGUGAUCCAUUGGAGUGGCGGCAAUGGAAGUCCUGUGUACAGAGACUACAUUGUGUUGGUCCCUGGAAAAUCCCAAGCUAAGCAGGGUUUAUGGCUUGCACUCCAACCAAACAGAGACGUGAUUCCAAAACCGGAUUAUGCAGAUGCAAUCUUGAAUGGUGUAGAGAUAUUCAAGUUGAACCAAUCGGAUGGUAACCUAGCCGGGCCCAAUCCAGAACCCCCGAUGGUGUGUCUAAGUUCAACAUCCUUAGAACCAGAGAAGAAGACAACGCCUAAAAAUAACCUGUCACCGAUUAUGAUCGCAGUUGGCAUUCCCAUCGGUGCUUUGGUCGCAAUACUUAUUUAUAUAUGUUUAUUAGUUCACGAUCAUUGUAGAAGAAAGAGGGCGCAUGAACAAGGUACCGGCUUGUCCAAAUCCUCGUUGGUCCCAUUUUCCAAGAUGCAAAGGUUAAUUGACAAGAACAUUUUAACAUUGCCAUUAGAACACUGCCGUUACUUCUCAAUCGUGGAGAUCAAAGCAGCCACAGACAACUUCAAUCAUCGAUUAGUCAUUGGAGCUGGAGGAGUUGGAAACAUGUACAAAGGGUACAUCGAUGGGGGAUCCACCGCUGUUGCGAUCAAACAGAUGAAACCAUCGUCAAAGCAAGGGACGUGCCAGUUCUGGACCGAGAUCAACAUGCUCUCCAUGCUUCGCCAUGUUAAUCUUGUAGCUCUUAUCGGAUACUGUGAUGAUCAAGACGAGAUGAUCCUCGUGUACGAGUAUGUGGCACGUGGGACCCUUCGUUCUCAUCUCUACGGAACUGUGAACUCUGCGCUGUCAUGGAAGCAACGCGUCCAGAUUUGCAUUGACACAGCACAUGGGUUGAACUACCUUCAUACAAGUGCAAAUGACCCGAUAAUUCACUCCAACGUGAAAUCCACAAACAUACUGCUAGAUGAGAGGAUGUUGGCUAAGGUUUCACAUUUUGGUCUGUCAAAGUUGGAUUCCAUAAGAAUGUCCAAGAUCCACUUCAACAACGUUGUAACAGGUGGUUUUGGGUACGUGGACCCAGAGUACUACCGAAUGCAGAAGUUGACAGAAAAAUCUGACGUGUACUCAUUCGGGGUGGUGUUGUUUGAGGUACUGUGUGCUAGGCCAGCACUGAUGCCAAGCCUACCCAAGGAGCAAGUGAACUUGGCCCAGUGGGCCAGGAAAUGCUACAACGAUGGGAACCUUGAUCAAAUAAUUGAUCCGUGUUUGAGGGGUGAGAUUGAGUCCGAAUGUCUUCACAAGUUCGGGGAGAUUGCAGACAGUUGCACACGUGAUCAUGGAAUCGAACGACCGACAAUGAGGGAUGUGGUGGAGGCCCUUCAGUUUGCACUGCAGAUUCAAGAGAACGCCGAGAAGAAUAUCAACAAUAGACACAUGGUUGAAACCAAGGAAAAUGUUCCCACACAACACAUUACAGUUACACAACUCCAUGCACAACUGUCCUGAAUGAUCAUGUUUACAUCAUCUAUUUUUCUAUUGCACAGCUUAAAGUAAAUAAUAUCUAUUUAAAAUAAAAUAUAAGGUGUUUUAGUUAA